AUGCCGAGGGGCUUCCUGGUGAAGCGAACUAAACGGACAGGCGGCUCGUACCGAGUACGCUUGGCCCAGCAAGUCUUCCCCCUAAUGGGGCCCCAGGGGUCGCCGCCCUUUCCUGAGGAGGCCCCCAGCGCCUCCUUACCUGGUACCGAGCGGGUGGCGUCCCCUAUCGAGGAGGAGCCAGGAAAGGGGCUGGCGGCGGAGGCCACCCGGGAACUGUCGGGGUCACCCUGUCUGGCAGCUGGGGUGAGCCCUGGACCGCGCGGGCGGGAAGGAGCGGAGUGGAGGGCGGACGGCAGCGAGGGUCCCGGACCCAGCCCCAGCCCCGCGAAGCCGGCAGGCGCAGAGCUGCGCCGAGCUUUCCUGGAGCGCUGCUUCAGCUCACCGGUCUCCGCAGAGUCCUUCCCCGGGGGCGCCGCCGCAGUGGCCGCUUUUUCCUGCUCGGUGGCGCCAGCAGCCGCCUCUACCUCGGGGGAGCAGUUCCUGAUGCCAUUCCGGGCACCGUUCCCAGAGCCCACGCUCCAGCCGGACCCCGCGCCCCUGUCGGCCACCCUGCACGGCCUGAAGCGGGCAGCCGGUAGCGAGCGCCGCGCCAAGUUGCCUCCCGGUAGCGCGUCGGGACUCGCGGCCGCUGAAGUCAAGAAGCCAAAAGCGUUGAGGAAGUUGAGCUUCGCGGACGAGGUGACCACGUCCCCUGUCCUGGGUCUGAAGAUCAAGGAGGAGGAGCCCGGAGCGCCGUCCCGGGGCCUGGGGAGCAGCCGCACGCCGCUAGGGGAGUUCAUCUGCCAGCUGUGCAAGGAGCAGUACGCGGACCCCUUCGCGCUGGCGCAGCACCGCUGCUCCCGUAUCGUGCGCGUUGAGUACCGCUGCCCAGAGUGCGAUAAGGUCUUCAGCUGUCCUGCGAACCUCGCCUCCCAUCGUCGCUGGCACAAGCCGCGUCCCGCAGCGACAAACACCGCCACAGUCUCCUCCACCGACGGGAAGCCGCCUCCUUCGUCGUCCUCGUCCUCCCCGGACUCCGGGACCAUCUCAUCUUUCCGGGCGGAGGGGAAGGAGAACAGUCGGGCCGAGCGGACUGAGGAUCAGCACCCACAGGCCAGGGACAGCUCCGGAGAGAAUCAGCACCAGGACAGCGCCCUGCGCCCCAGCCUCCAGGUGCUGCCGCAUACGGAGCCACCGCGGCCACAGGUCUCCUAUACGGAGGGGAUGUUGGGGCACCGCGUUCCUGGACCAGGCAGUGCCAGCGGUGUCGGGGGAUCCGAGAUCUUCGUGUGUCCAUAUUGCCACAAAAAGUUCCGCCGCCAAGCCUAUCUGCGCAAGCACCUGGGCACUCAUGAGCCGGGCUCUGACCGCGCGCUCGCCUCGGCCUUUGGCUCCGAACGCGGCGCUCCACUCGCCUUUGCUUGCCCGCUGUGCGGGGCGCACUUCCCAUCCGCAGACACUAGGGACAAGCACCGGCUGUGGCACGCUGUCCGCGAGGAGCUGCUUCUGCCCGCUCUGGCGGGGGCGCCCCCCGAGGCGCCCAGCCCAGGCGGGGCAUCUGAUGGGGGUGCUCAGCAAAUUUUCUCGUGCAAGCACUGCCCGUCCACCUUUUUUAGCUCCCCUGGGCUGACUCGGCACAUCAAUAAAUGCCAUCCCUCAGAAAGUCGGCAGGUAUUGCUGCUGCAGAUGCCACUGCGGCCCGGCUGCUGA